AUUUCCACCUCUUAUUAUUCCUGUUCUCCCCAAACUAACAAAAAUCAUGGACCCCCUAAAUUCACCUCUAUCCUCGUCUUGACAUGUCUCCGCCGCCGCAGCUACCACCACCACCACAACUACCAGCUUUACCGUCGUCUUACCACAACCUUCUUAACAAAACGAAGUCGCUCCCUGACGUUAUUUUCACCGUCUUCUCUUUAUUUGUUCUCUUCUCUUCUUCUCCUAAACCCACAUCCGUUUACUUUCUCCCCAACAACAAAGUCUCUUUCCCAUUGAACCCCCGGAGAUUCCUCAAAUCUCCCACCAUGUCCUCCCCCUUACGAAACCCUACAAACCCUAGAAACCGUCCCUUUGCAACCCCUCAGUCUUUAUCCGAUUGGCUGAAGCCUCGGCUUCCCUCCGAUUCCUUCGCCUCGUGGGGGAUCAAGCCGGGAACGAAGAACGUGCAUAACUUAUGGCUCGAAAUCUCUGAAGGUGAAACCUUGCUCGCCGAUUCUACCCCUCCCGUCCGCACCGUUGAGGUUGUGAUCGUGCGAAUUAUUCGAAAUGACGGGAAAAUCCUUGUAGAAUCACACCAGGAGUUAUCCAACGGUGACGUCCGUACCCGGUGCCGGCCCUUGUCGGAGAAAAUGAAGCCUGGAGAAUCCAUAGAGGCGGCCGUCUUUAGAGCAGUUAAGGAAGAGCUGGGAUCCAUAAUUGAAAAUGGGGAUUUUCAGAGUUUUGAUAAUAAUGAUUAUGAUAUUAAUGGCAUAGUGAAAAUUGUGCCGAAUUCUUAUGUAAAGAAGGUGGAGGAGAGGGCUUCUGCAUCGUAUCCGGGAUUGCCAGCUUGUUACGUAUUGCAUACCGUGGAUGCCGAGGUGGAUUGGUUGCCGGGAGGCGAAUUCUGUACAGAGGAGGAGGAGGAAUACGGGAAUUUUGAUGGGAGGAAUAUAGCGGAUAGUGCAGUUCAUUGUAAAAAGCAUUACUGGAAGUGGGUCGAUUCUAAUUCGGUUUGACAUUUAAUUGCUGGAGGAGGCAUGGUGCACAUGUCGGUGGCGGUGGUGAGCGAGCAAGAGGUGAAAUCAAUCCUAUUCAUCCUAGCAAAUGAUCUGAACCCAUUUUGUUGAAUGAAUGGAACCAUGAACCAUGCUGUGUACUCCGCUACCCUGAUGGCCAGCUAGAAUGUAUUUAUAGAAUCAUCAUCCAAAAGAGUAUGGAUUUGGGUGCCGGGUCUGAACUACUCCAUACCGAUCCUAUUUGGAUUAAUGCCCAUAUUAACCGAAAGAAUGACCAUGAAACAAGUAUCAUGACCACUAUCUAAUUGACAGAUGUAAACAUGGCAUAGGGCGAGACAUAACUUUUGCAAACAUUGAACUUCUGGCUAGUUGUUGUUUGGAUGGCGGAAAUGGAUGAGAAAAGGUGGCGUCAAAAUGGACAGUGGAGGAGGGGCUAAGGUCUACCAGGAGAAGCGAUUAUCAGUGGUUGGGGAUAAGAAUUUUUAUUUUAUGUUGUAUUUGACUCAUCCUGUAGUUCUAUAUGCAUUAUCAAAGGGCCAAGGUCUUAAAUACAGUAA